AAAUCUAAUAAAUCUACAAAUGACUACAACAUUGAUUAGAAUCAAUGCAUUCGAUUGGAUUACCACCCAAUAAACAUUAACAAAUAUUUGGAACCGCAUGGAGGCAACGAGAAGGGAGUGGGAGGAAACCGAUCGGAUUUAACACAAUUUCAAUUUUUGCCCUUGAGGAUGACGUUAUACUCAAUCAUUCUGCCCACCUACAAUGAAAAGGAAAAUCUCCCCAUUAUUACAUGGAUCAUUGAUGAGGUUAUGAAUAAAAGACUUACAAGUCACUAUGUCGUGUGAUAAGUUGUGGAGGUAAUCUUCGUAACUGAUAACAUAAAGGUUCACAUCAGUGGAGUUUUAAUUCACUCAUUUCGCACGGUUCAUGUUCCUUGGUAUUUAUUCUCUUUCAAAGAUCUUCGGAUAUGUGCUCGGCUUUCCCUACGAACUAAUAAUCGUUGACGACAACAGUCCAGAUGGGACAGGUGAAGUUGCUAAAAAGUUACAAUCUAUCUUCGGAGGAAAUAAAAUAAUUCUUAAACCAAGAAGUGGAAAAUUAGGACUUGGCUCAGCUUACUUGCAUGGUUUGAAGUUUGCAAAAGGUGAUUUCGUUAUCAUUAUGGACGCGGAUUUAUCACAUCACCCAAAAUUUAUUCCUGAGUUCAUUAAAUUACAAAAGCAACAUGAUUACGAUAUUGUUACUGGGACACGAUAUGCAUCUAACGGAGGUGUAAGUGGCUGGGAUUUGAAGCGUAAACUUAUCAGCCGUACUGCAAAUUACAUAGCUCAAGUAUUACUACGACCGAAAGCAUCCGAUUUAACUGGAAGUUUUAGACUAUACAAAAAAGCAGUUUUACAAGAUUUAGUUUCACGUUGUACUUCACGUGGUUAUGUUUUUCAAAUGGAAAUUAUAGUAUUAGCCUCUUCACUUGGUUACAAAAUUGGUGAGGCUGGAAUUACAUUUGUAGAUCGAUUUUAUGGAGAGUCAAAACUUGGUGGAACAGAAAUUAUUCAAUAUAUAAUGGGACUAUUACAUCUUUUCUGUACUUGCUAAUUUUCUUUUAUUUUUUGGAAAAAAUAUACAGUUAAUUACAAUUCUACUGUUUGUACUCGGUUUAGAAAAUAAAAAUUUUUCCGAUGCCUCA